AUGGCUUCUAUUCUUGCUACGGCCGGCCUGCUGCUUGCCCACGGUGUUUCUGCUUCGGCCAUCCAUUCCUCCACGCAUACCAAUGGAUUCUGCAAACAAUUAGAUAUCCCUGUGUUCGCUAGCUCGGAGAGUGCUAUCUACGAUACCCCCAAGGUGGAUAGUAACAUUGAUGCGAUAGCCUGGGCAAUCUACUCCGAUACCUGGAGCACUCCGGCAGGCGCAGCCAGAAUCAUCAAGAACACGACUACUUCCGAUACCUUCAACAUCCACGCCCAACUAUGUGUUCCCAGGGCUGCAGGAAAGAAAAAUGAUAUCCUGCAUAUUGCCACCCAUGGAGUCCAUUAUGACUCGAGAUACUGGGAUCCCACCCUCGAUCGCGAGAAACAGUCCUAUGUCGAGGCCACGCUCAGAGCAGGGUAUUCCAUCCUCACCUAUGACCGUUUGGGCGUGGGUAAAUCCGACAAGCCCGAUGCAUACGACGUCGUUCAAGCUCCCCUGGAACUAGAGAUACUUCGACAGUUGACUCUGAUGGCUCGCAAUGGGAAUGCAAGACCGGCCAAUGCAGCAUUCAACAAGGCCUCAAAACCGGCAAGCAAGAUUGUACACGUCGGCCACAGUUUUGGGUCCUUCCUUACCUCCGCAUUCAUCGCAAAACACAGCUCUCUGUCCGACGGAGCAAUCGUAACAGGCUAUCUGUUGAGCAAGUACCUCGGAAAGGCAGGUAUGGUGUCAUUCAAUGCCCAGUUUGCCCCUACGAGCUCUACCCCUUUCGACCGACCAAGUGGUUACGUUGUGUGCCAGAAGAGCGGUAUCCAAACCAUCUUCUUUGCCGGUGAUACCAAGACCGCGUUUACCAAGGAAAUGCUCGACUAUGGAGAUGCUAUCAAACAGCCUGUUCCUAUCGGAGAGUUUGCCUCUGCGUACCAUAUCAUUGGGCUGCCCGGGCCUAACUUCAAGGGGCCAAUUCAGUACAUGCUUCCAGAGUUCGACUUUUACAUCUGUGGCGGCGAUUGCAAGGGAAUUGCUGACAUGAAGGAGCUGAGGAAGACCUAUCCUAAUGCCGCCGAUAUCGAAGUUGCCAUACAGCCCAAUACUGGACACGCUUUUACCCUUCACAACAAUGCUACUGCUGGCUACCAGCUCACCUACGAUUUCUUGGCCAAAAAUGGGCUGUAA